UGGUCGUUUGGCUCCGGGCGGAACGUAACUGCCGCGUCUUAUAACAACGCCACCAGAGAGUCGCUGAAGUUAUUCGGCGCUCGACCUUCCCGUGGAUCACCGCGCUCGCCGCUCCACUUCCCCCGACGCGUGACGCCACACCUGGCAACUUUGUCCCCCUGCUGCUACUGCUGCUGUCUCUGCUUUUCAGCGUGUCCUCUUUAAUGAUGUGAGACUCAUGGCUGGUGGAGGACUGAACCCUGAACAUCCAACAUCGACUCUUUUUUAUGGAUUCUUUCAAGUCUUUACAUUCAUGUUCCACACUGAGAAGAAUCAGACACAUCCAUCACUCUGUGGAUUCAUCAUGUGAACACAUGAGGAACAUUAAUCUACACCAGUAAAUCUGCUGCUGCUGUUUUUGAGAUUUCCACAGUGAACUUGAUUCCAGGAGAAGAAAAUGCUGCGUUCUCUGGCUCAUAUUCUGUGCUGAUGAUGUAGUGAAUCUCAUAAACCCUGAGGGUUGUCUGUAGUUGCGAUGGCCGCCAUCUCUGCAGAGAAGGAGCAGCCCCUGCUGCAGCUACAGGAGGUGGACUCCAGCCGAGUCCGGAGCUGCGUCCUCUCCCCGAUCCUUGGCUCGUCCUCUCCGGCUCUGUCCAUCGACACCAGCCAGCCCAUCUGCAUCCCGUCGCCUUACACCGACCUCGGCCACGACUUCCCCACCAUCCCGUUCUACAGCCCCACCAUCUUCAGCUAUGCCAGUCCCGGCAUUCCGGACUGUCCCUCCGUCCACCAGUCACUGAGUCCGUCCUUGUUCUGGCCCGGGCACGGACACAUGGGUCCGACCGUGCCGCUGCACCGCACCCAGGCCCGACCUCAGCACAGCCAGCCAAUCCAGAGUCAGUGGGUGGAGUUGACGCCUCGGGACAGCAUCUUAAUGAGCAGCAAGAGUGCGAGGAGGCGUUCCCAGGAGAGCGAUGAGGGCGUGGUGUCGUCCGCCGUCAAAGCGGACCACCACUACUGCGCCGUGUGUCACGACUACGCCUCAGGAUACCAUUACGGAGUGUGGUCGUGUGAGGGCUGCAAGGCCUUUUUCAAGAGGAGCAUCCAAGGACACAAUGACUACAUCUGUCCAGCAACAAAUCAGUGCACUAUAGACAAGAAUCGUCGCAAGAGCUGCCAGGCCUGUCGCCUCCGAAAGUGCUACGAAGUUGGAAUGACCAAGUGUGGUAUGAGGAAAGAGCACGGGAGCUACAGGAACCCCAAGACGAGACGACUGACCCGUCUGUCCACGCAGGGCAGGGUGAACGGACCAAAGGUUCUGACCGGACCCGCCGCGGGUCUGACGAGCGAGCCGCAUCCUCCCGCCGCGCUGACGCCCGAGCAGCUGAUCGAGCGGAUCAUGGAGGCGGAGCCGCCGGACAUAUACCUCAUGAAGGACAUGAGUGGACCGCUGACCGAGGCCAACGUCAUGAUGUCGCUCACCAACCUGGCCGAUAAGGAGCUGGUCCACAUGAUCAGCUGGGCCAAGAAGAUCCCUGGUUUUGUGGAGCUCAGCCUCUUGGACCAGGUCCAUCUGCUGGAGUGCUGCUGGCUGGAGGUUCUGAUGAUGGGACUGAUGUGGAGGUCAGUGGAUCAUCCAGGGAAACUCAUCUUCUCCCCUGACCUCAGCCUCAGCAGAGAAGAGGGCAACUGUGUGCAGGGCUUCGUGGAGAUCUUCGACAUGCUCAUCGCUGCCACGUCCAGAGUCAGAGAGCUCAAGCUGCAGAGGGAGGAGUACGUCUGCCUCAAGGCCAUGAUCCUCCUCAACUCCAACAUGUGCCUCAGCUCGGCGGACGGCAGCGAGGAGCUGCAGAGUCGCUCCAAGCUGCUGCAUCUUCUGGACGCCGUGACGGACGCUCUGGUGUGGGCCAUCGCCAAGACCGGCCUCACCUUCCGCCAGCAGUACACUCGCCUCGCUCACCUGCUCAUGCUGCUCUCACAUAUCCGCCAUGUCAGCAACAAAGGCAUGGACCACCUGCACUGCAUGAAGAUGAAGAACAUGGUUCCUCUGUACGACCUGUUGCUGGAGAUGCUGGACGCCCACAUCAUGCACAGCUCCCGUCUGCCUCGCUGCCCCACCGCCUCCACCACUACCACCGCUCCUCCUCCUCCUCCUCCUCACCAGCAGGAGUUCACAGAGCAGAGGGCGACUGCGACUCGACCCCCGACUUGUGGUAAAAGCUCGCCAAACACUUGGACUCCCGACAGCAACAGAGACGCGGGAGAAGCCCAGUAAGAAGAAAAAACAAAAUCACACUUUUUUUCACUGCUUUGCACAGAAGAAUCCGCAGGACUGAUGUGGAUUCUCUUCAUUUUAGUUUGAGGCAACGAGAGGACUAACUAACUCGUGUUAUUUCAUGGCCAGUUUGCUUUAAACGUUCAUUCUGUGGUCAAAUGUUUUUAUAUCAGAUUAUGAAAGCGUUCGUUUCCUGUGCAAAGACUGUGACGGUUAACGAGACAGGAUGUAGCUGAGAUGUUCUGAAAGCAGGUAGACCUGGAAGCUGCCAUGAACUGAGGUUUCGUUAAACCACAUAUUUUGUCAGAUUAGAGUUAUUGGAUUACCAGCAGAUCCUUCACCUCUGUGUCACUCCACGGGCGCUUUAGUAAGCUUUUAAAUGGGGGUUUCUUUAUUUACUUCAAAAACAAAAGGGUCACUGAGACAUAGCGGAUCAUUUCUAUGAUCUACAAGUUCACGAUGAGUUCAACCUUCGCGUUUACUUGGACUGCUGAGCGCAGUCGCUUUGAAGGAAGGGAGUUUUUCAGAGCGCGUGGAGGAGGAAACGCGACACUGUCAGACAAUUGCACUUGUUUAGUUGUGUUUUCUUUCCUGUGUUGUCAUAGUUGCAUCUACACAGCGUCAGGAUAUGAUGUAGAACAGUGUUUCAAUGUAAGAUUUCAACCUUCAAAUACAUGAAGUUACGGCAGCCGGAGCAGGUCUGCAUCUCCUGUUUCACCGUGAUGUAACUUCUGGUUUCAGUUUCCUUUACGACUUAUGCACAACCCAAAUUACAGACGUCAACUAACAAAUUAUCUCCAAGAGAUGUUUGGGAAACGUGUUAAAUUUGGGAAACGUGUUAUUUGAAAUAAAUACUCAGAACCCCUGCGACCCACGUGUGGGUCUCGACCCCAGUGUUUAGGAAAGUUGUGAGUUUGGGAAACAAAUGUAUAACUAAAAUAAAAAUGAAUUGAUUUAAGCUUCAGAGAGGCUGAGGAACACUAGUUUACUGUUUUUUACAGUUUAAUAUACGAAUGUUGGAGCACUUACAAUAAAAUUGUUGCUUAUAUUUGUAAAUGAAGGCCUUUUUAAACCAGCAGUGUCACAGUGUGGUUUUGGUGUAAUGUUAAUAGAUUCCUCUCUUUAUUUGACCGAGAAACUACAGUUUUAGUUGCUACUCGACAUCACAUUAACAAAAUUAGAUUUUAGAUUAGAUUUUUAUUAUUGUGUUGAGAGAAAUAUUUUGUCAAAACUUUGUCACCAGAACAAAAUGGCGGCAAAGGAAUCUGGCAAGGUUUUUUUUUAUUUUGUACAAUGAGAAAAUGCAGAAACUAAAUUAAUAAUAUAUAAAGUUAGUUUCAAAGGAAAAUGGAUAAACAAUUCAUUAAAAGGUCCAGGUUGUUGUCAAAACCAAAUAAUUAUUAUUUUUAACACGAUUACACAUUUAUACAAACAUUAAUGUUACACUCUGGACCUUAGGGCCUUUUUUGGACAAUGCAAACCUUUCAUAGACCACUAGAGGGAACUUUACAGCACCCCCUAACUCCACAUUAUUAUCGCAGUUGAAACUUUUAUGUGAAAAAUCAUAACCACUGUUUCACUAAACUGGUCUUAUCUUAUGGAGGCAAACGUAAGAAAGAAGAAAAAAAAAGACUAUUUUUGUACGUGACUUUUUGCUACGGUCGCUAUCGUUGUGAUGCAGUUUUUUUCGGACAAUCAGAUUCCCCCGCUUAAGGUCAUCAAAGGUCAUGAACCACACUGAUGAAACUAUCAUGUCUGCUUCUCCUCACGCUGUCAUCACUGUGUUUCCUCACUCUGUCAUCACCGUGUUCAGAACAUUCAAAAAACAAAACUUUCACGCCUGCUUUGUUAUAAUAAACAUGUAAAGGUUUAAGUGUAAUUACUUUUGUCAACUAUGUAAAACAUGCAAAUCAUCACUAACAGUAAAGUCAGUGUCGCCUCCUUUCUUUAAUUCUUUGUUUAAUUCUUUAGUUUAUUACUUUUGUUGUUCUGGUUUGCAACAUUAAAAGAAAAAGAUGUUGUACAGAUAUGACUGUGGCAGAGUGAAAUGUGGUUUAAAAAAUGCAAAUAAAAAAACUAAAUACUUA